CAGUCCGCUCCCCCGCGCUCACCAUGAACCGGGCUCACCGGCACGGCGCGGGCAGCGGCUGCCUGGGCACCAUGGAGGUGAAGAGCAAGUUUGGAGCAGAAUUUCGUCGAUUUUCUCUGGAACGAUCUAAACCUGGAAAAUUUGAGGAGUUUUAUGGAUUACUACAGCAUGUUCAUAAGAUACCCAAUGUUGAAGUUUUAGUAGGCUAUGCAGAUAUUCAUGGAGACUUACUGCCUAUAAAUAAUGAUGAUAACUAUCAUAAAGCUGUUUCAACGGCCAAUCCACUGCUUAGGAUUUUUAUACAAAAAAAAGAAGAAGCAGACUACAGUGCCUUUGGAACAGAUACGCUAACAAAGAAGAAGAAUGUCUUGACAAAUGUAUUACGUCCUGAUUACCAUAAAAAGAAACCAAACAUUGUUAUUAGUAUGCCACAAGACUUUAGACCGGUAUCUUCCAUUAUAGAUGUGGAUAUUCUCCCAGAAACACAUCGAAGAGUUCGUCUUUAUAAAUAUGGAACAGAAAAACCACUAGGAUUCUAUAUCCGUGAUGGCUCUAGUGUAAGAGUCACACCACAUGGCCUAGAAAAGGUACCGGGGAUUUUCAUAUCCAGGCUUGUUCCAGGUGGUCUGGCUCAGAGUACUGGCUUACUUGCAGUUAAUGAUGAGGUUUUAGAAGUUAAUGGAAUAGAAGUUUCGGGGAAAAGUCUUGAUCAAGUUACAGACAUGAUGAUUGCAAACAGCCGUAACCUGAUUAUAACUGUAAGACCUGCAAACCAGAGAAAUAACGUUGUUAGGAAUAGUCGGACUUCGGGCAGCUCAGGUCAGUCUACUGAUAACAGCCUUAUCAGUUACUCGCCACAUAUUGAGACAAAUUUUGAUCCUAAAGAUGAAGAGAGUGAUGAAGAAGACAUAAUUAUUGAAGAUAAUGGAAUGCCCCAGCAAAUACCCAAGGCAGUUCCUAUGGCUGGGAGCUUAGAAUCACUAACACAAAUUGAACUGAGUUUUGAGUCAGCACAGAAUGGUUUUAUUCCUAAUGAUGUGAAUUUACAGCACACAAGUGGCGCAAAGAUGGAACAUGAAACACAUGCUUCAGAUCAGAAGCCAUUAGAAGAAGAUGGAACAAUUAUAACAUUAUGAUAUUUGUAGAGUGGCUUCCUAAAAUGAAGGUGCCAUAGAACUUUACAUUUGGCUGUUCAAAAACAUAUGUACCUCUGUACCAGUGACAUAAAGUGUAUAUGCAAAAAUAAUGAAGCUUUAAAAUGUUAGUUUAAUUUUCUGGCUAAUGUAAAUAACCGUUGUGGAUUGGAGGUGAAUUUGAGACUAGAAUUUAAGGAGCAUUUAGAAGUGAAAUUAUAAACUUGCUUAUUCUGUCUGUAAAGAAUACUAUUAUAGUAAAGGGGUACGUUUUCAGUACUGCAAGAUGAAUUAGAUCAUUUCCAGUUGAAGUGGUUAUAUAUUUAACCUGCCACGCAGAGCCCAGUCAAAUUAUUCUACAUUAAUGCUCUUAGCUACAGUCUUCUGAUUCUAAUGUGAAAGUCUGAUUCCAUCUCCUUUUGGUAUCUUUAGGACCAGUUCUCUUCUCUUGGUUUACAGUAUUUUAUGACUUUGAUUUCUUGCAUUAUGCUUAUUUUGCUAAUUGCAACACAAUGUUUUAUGUGAACUUUCAAAGAAUCAAAAUAAUCAACAGCUUUCAAAAAUUGUAUACCUUAUUUAUGAAUCAUAGAAGUGAUUCCUGAAUGUAGUGAAGGUUUGUGAAAGUUGUUUUAAGAUGGUACUCACACAUACCAUACCUUAUAAAAUUACUGACGCUUAGUCCACAUGGUUGUAACCUGAUGUCUUAGAGGGAAUCUUAAGACAAUUCCUUUUUACCACUUCUCAUGAAAAAAAACUUUGUUUCUCUUUGUGUUGGUGUACAUUUGUGCCUUUUAAAUGUAAUGUGAAUUUUCAUGGGUAUAAUAUGCACUUGGAUUAAGAGAAGAGAACUUACAUACAUGUAGGACAAACUUGUGCACUUUUAUAUAAAGAUUUUUAGUUUUCACCUAAUGGUAUUGAUCUCUGGAUUAUGGAAACUGCCUACACUUUAGGACAAAUUAUGCAUGGCAAAUGUAUUCACAUUAAUUUUAUGAGAGGAUAUUUAUUGCUUUAACACAAGCAUCCAAAUAGAACUAGUAACGCUGCUAACUUUCAUUCUUUGCUUAAUUUUUUUUGUAUUUAUAAUUGUCAUGUGCAUGAACACUGUAUAUAGAAGUUAAGGCUAUUAUAAAAGAAGUGCAUGUUUCCUUUUACUUAUGACUUAAGGACACAUUCCCCAAACUAAUUAUUUAUUAAUUAACUUUAUAAUGGGAUUAGUGUGAAUGGCUUUAUAAUGUGUGAUGUUAAAAUGAAGAAUUAAAUGACUCCAUUUUGAAGGAUUUAUAUAUAGUAAAAUUAUGUGAAGAAUGAAAGUAUUGCUAAAAUACUGAAUACCUAACACAGGAUACUUAAGUGUAUUUUGUUUAUAAUACCACUAAAAUAAUUCUGACUGCACAGCAUUAUGUAAUACUAGGUUUUAUACUCUAGUUCUUUUUAAAUUCACUGGAGUUCUUCCAUUCAUAUUCUACUGUUAUUUUUUUAAGCAACUUUGGAAUGGAAUAAUAAUAAAAAGAGUUAGCACAUAGAUUGUUCAAUUGUUUUAUAUGUUAAUGGUGCAGGGGUUCAAGUUAAGCUUUUAAAAUUUAAACACUAGCCUUUCAUACACUACCUCUUAAUUUUUUAUUUUACAAAGUUAACGUCUUUAUGCUUUUUCUUGGAGAAAUUCAGGAAUUCAUACAAUUUUUAAACAAUCCAAAUUUAGUUUUGUCAAAAAAAAAAUUUCCAAUUUUCCAAAAAUGGAAAGUCAAAGCUGCUAGCACAUUUUUUUAAACUAAUUAUCUUGUUUAAGGAUAUAGAUAAACUUGAUUUUCAACCAGACUUCUGUAAAUUAAAGAUACAGUAAUAGGAAAAUGAUUUAUUUUUAAAGAUAUAAAAAAUUAUUUCUUUGUUAUUACAUUAAUAAAAUGACAAUUCAUUGGUGGUCUAAACAGAUUACUUCAAGUGCAUCUUAUUAAUACAUAGCACACUGUGUGGAUUUAGAACUAAAUAAGUUUUCUAAAGUUAUUUUUCUCCUAUAAUACUAAAAGAGAUAAACCGAACUGUGAAAUUUAUGUUCUGUAUCUUAACAAAGUUUAGGACAGUGUUCUCGUGAACUGUCAACAAAAUAAUGUACUUUGGUGAAUAUUAUGAAUUUUCUAAUUAAAUUUUACAUGCUAUGUGAUUUUUACAUGAAUGAGACUUGUAUAAACUAUUAAAUGUCAGUAUUUUUACUACAACUUUAAUAUAAAAUGUACAUUGAUA